AAUUGUCUAACCUCGAGUCCUUAACUCUUAAUUAUAUAAAGUUUAUUUUCGAGUUUUUGACUUUUGUUUACUUCUAAUGGCUCUUAAUAUGUUGUAAUUAAUUAAACUUUACUACAUUCAUUCAAAAAAACGGACCUAACAAAAUUAUUCUCUAAAUGUGUUAAUACGAUCUUUUUACGAAGUUCAAAAUCAUAAAAUUCGAUUCAAGUAUUUAAAUAAGUUUUCACAGUAUUUAUAUUUCUUUAUUUAAAAAUUUCUAAUAGUCAUGUCAUUUUGUUCCAGAAGGAUUUUUCAACGAUUCCAAAUUAAUCAAAUUUCAAAAUUCAACUUUAGUAAUGUGUCAGGAGGAUUAAAUAAACCUGUUGAAUUUCCCAAACGUAAAAAAACCAUAUUUGGAAAAGAUAGUCCAGUUACAUGGAAAACUGUUGGAAUUACUGGUGUUUUAGGAGCUGGUAUGGUCUCAUACUUAUUAUAUCUUAAAGAAGAACAAGAAGAAAAACAAAGACGAGAAAGAAAACGUCAGUUAGGAAAAGCACAAAUUGGGGGUCCAUUUGAGUUAAUUGAUGGAUCCAACAAUGUUGUAAAAAGUGAAAAAUUUUUGGGGAAAUGGAUGCUCAUCUAUUUUGGUUUCAGUCAUUGUCCAGAUAUAUGUCCUGAUGAAUUAGAAAAAAUGGCGUUAGUUAUAGAUGAUCUUGAAAAAGAAGAUAUGAAUACAGGUAUUCAAGGCAUUUUCAUCACUGUAGAUCCAGACAGAGAUACUCCUCAAGUAGUAGAUAAAUAUAUUAAGGAGUUUUCUCCAAAAUUCAUUGGUUUAAGUGGUACAUCAGAUCAAAUUCAGCAAGUGUGUAAAAGAUAUAGAGUUUAUUAUAGCCCUGGAAAAAAAGACGUCGAUAAUGAUUAUAUUGUUGAUCAUACAAUCAUUAUGUACUUGGUUAAUCCAGAAGGUGAAUUUAUAGAUUAUUAUGGACAAAAUAAAACUGCUCCUGAAAUAGUAGAACAUAUUUUACUACACAUGUUUAAAUUCAAACAAGAAAAAGGUUCAUUAUUGAGUAAUACUUUAGAAAAGAUUAACUCAAUAAGUGGAAAAAAAAUUGCUACUUCUUAAACUUUAUUUAAAUGUAAUUGAAAUUUUCAUAUUUAGACUAACUUCAGUUGCUGUUAAUUGUUACAAUAAUUUUAAAUUAAUACAUAAAUUUUAAAAAAGCUUUA